CUCAACAAAACCGACGAAGAAGAACUCACUUCCGGAGAAGGAUGAAUUUUCGCCUGACUGCACGAGUCAGUCUUGUCCUUUAACGUUUUCCCAUUGUCUCCGGGUAAAACGUUUCUAACAAUCGAUUUUUUUUUAAUUUACAAUGGAAUCGACAAACGCUUGUUGUGUUUUACCCUCUUAGUCCUGUGUCCUUAUCGUCUCACAAGUUUAUAUGCUGUCGCCGCUCGGCCAACCAGCGCUAUCCUAAUCAAGCUAGCGCUAACAAAACAGUCGCGCCAAAGAUGGACCAAGUUCCAGCCGUUGAGAUGGAAGACGUCCGGGCGGAGGAGCAGUCCACCGCCACAGAUGUAACAUUGGCAAACAGCGAUGAGCCGCCGGCAGAGGACAACGAAGACAGCAAGUGCCCGACCUCCAGUCAAGAUACUGAGCUGUUCUCUUGCCAAUAUUGCGGAGAAGCUUUUGCCGAGGAGGAGGCCUACUUGAGUCAUCGCCACCAGCACCCCGAUGGAAAGUGCACUAUGUAUUUGGAGCCAAUGGACGAUUCAGAUGAGGCUGUCAAAGAUGAGGAAAGUGCUAAUUCCUGCCAAUUAUGCACAGUGUCAUUUGAUGAUAUGAAUGAAUUCAGAUCCCACAUGGAAACUCACUGUGCUCUAUCUUCUGACACCAAUCAGAUUUCUGGGUCCAUAAAGCAGAACUCCUAUGAAUGCCCUGAUUGUGGGAAAAAGUAUUCCAUGUUAGGACACUACCUCAAUCAUCAACGUACCCACAUACAGGCUCCCAAAUCUCUAUUUAACGAAUUAGAAGAAAUCCAGAAAAAGUCCUUUAAAUGUGAGAUUUGUGGACGGAAUUAUUCCCGUGCAUCAGCACUAGAUGCCCACCGACGUGGCCACGAAGAAAAGUUGUUCAAAUGCCAAUUCAGGACUUCAAAACCCAGGACUGUUACCGUUACCGAUAAGCCAGAAACCAAGGUGGUUCAAAAGCCGACUAGUCCUACUCUUGAAAAGCAUUUCAGAUGUGUUUGUGGGAAGACCUUUACUGCUUUGAUGGGUUUGAAGACACACCAGCGGUUCAGCCAAAAUUUUAAAUGCUUUACACAAGAAAGGAAUGGACAGCUGAGGAAAAAUGUCUUUUACUGUCUGGAAUGCAGGAAGGUAUUCCAUGGCCAUAUUGCCUGGUACAACCAUGAGAAAUGGCAUGAAACCCAUAAGCAAGAUUCUACAGAGCGGUUUUCAUGUGAGACGUGUGGGAAAGUGUUCAUGACCCAGACGUUCUACUACAGACAUCAGCGCAUGGCUCACAGUGGCAGUGCUCCAACAAAAUCUUUUGUCCAUCAAGUGGACCAGCUUAAGAAGAAGGCAUUUGAAUGUUCAGACUGUGGCCUCAAGUUCUCCAGACUGUCAGCGCUUCACUCUCAUGAGCUUCAGCACACCAGUGCUUUUGGAGAGACUGAUAAAUUUGCAAUGCAACAAUCUCCCCUGCUCAAUGAGAAGGAAACUUUGGAAAGAAAACAGGAAGUAACUCAUCAGUCGAGUCAUCAUGUUCUGGCAGAGAAUGUGCCUCACGAUAUUACGUCUGAAAGAGACCCAAAUGAAAAUGAGCCUGAAGAAGGUGCAAUGGAAAGUUAUGAACCUGGGGACUUUAAUGUCCUGGUGAUCAGUGCAAGUGAAUCAGAAGACGAAGCCAUCCAAGACAUCAACCCCAACCUCGAUUCAGGAUGCGGAUCUGACCACGAGGGAAGAGACAACGUUCCAGACAGUAAUGUUGUUUCAAAACCAGAGCUUGACUUGAAAAUUGUACAGGUUGAGUUUGAGCCAACCAGGGAACAGCGACCUCCAGCACAGGCAGCAGCUGAAUGCAACGAAGCCAAAGAAAAAUUUUAUUGUGCAGAAUGUUACCGGUGGUUUACUAGUGAGGCAUCACUGCGGUCACACGUAGUCUGGCACAAGUAUCGUAAGAGGAGACUUCAGAUGAAAGGUCAGUCAGUAGAUGUUUAUACAUGUAACAAUGAAGCUCGUACUUUUGCAGCUGGUCAUGUUAUAGAAUAUGAGAAUGAUACUAACCAAGAAUUAAACCAGGCAGAGUUAUUAGAGCAGAAAUCUCUGACAUGUGACAUAUGUGGUACCAAUAUUUGUCAUUUGUCCCAUCAAGGUGAUAAACAAUUACUGUGCCAAAAUUGUGAGACGUCUGGUUUGAUAAACCUCACCAGCGUCUGCUCAGACCAGCCAACAGAGAGCAUUUUGACGACAACAAAACUAUAUAAUCCCAAAAAAACUCUUUUAGGCCCCAAGAUUUACCAUUGUGAGCAAUGUGGGAAAGGUUUUUGGUCUUUAGGAGCUUUCUCGCAUCAUAAGCAAAGUCCAAGUCAGUGUGUAGAUGUGAGGCUUAGAACUGGUGUUGCACAGCCGUUACAUCGUGGACGUUCACGCUCCAGCAUAAAUGUUGCUUGCCCUGUGUGCGGUAGAAAGUUCAGACAUAAGGGAAUUAUGACGUUGCACAUGCGUACCCAUGAAAAUGGAAAUCAUGAGUGUGAGUUCUGCAACAGAUCUUUCCGUCUUUUUUCUAGUCUUAUCAGACAUCAAGUUGUGCAUAGUGAACUCCUCCCGCCACCGAGUAAGUCUUUCCAACAUCAGGUAGAGCAGCUGAAAAAGAAUGCGUACAGCUGCCCUGACUGCGGGAAGCUUUUUUCCCGCGCCAAAGCACUUAAGUUCCAUAUGAAGUAUCACGGAAAGGAGAGUGGGCAUUCGCCCUCACCACCGAGGUCAAAUGUUAGUCAGGAGGACCUUCAAUGUGUCGCAUGCCUCAAACAUUUCAGCAACAAGGCCUCAUUGCGGACGCACACAAAGUUGUGCAUUAAAACAGAGCAUUCUAGAUUGGUUUGUAAAACAGAAAACCUAAAUAAUAAUGAGUCAGUGAAAUUGUCUAAAGUAAACUUGCAAGACGGCACGGUCAAGUUAUCACCUAAUUUAGGUCAUGAAAUUAAUUACGCGCAUUUGGAAAAUUCAAAUGUUGCGUGUGGCAUAGAAAACACCAGUGAUUUGAAAUACAAAUGCAACAAGUGUGAAAAAAGAUUUUCAAUUGUUGGAGCUUUGAACUUGCAUAAAAGAGUUCACGCAAAGGGAUACAAAAAAGUAGCUAAAGCUACUUUGUCCGCAGCGCCAAGCGAGGAAGAGUUGAGGAAAGAUUAUCCCUUUCCCUGCUCAGAAUGUGGGAAGCGAUUUUUGUCUAACUCUGCUCUCGGCUCUCAUAAACGUUGGCACAGAAACGAUAGACUUUCCUCUUUUAAAGAAGAACUUUCCGAUAGCCAUUUGGCUGAUCAUCCAAUGUCCGCACUGCAGCAUGAACCUGAAGUAGGACCGCAGAGUGAAUCCUUAAACUUUAGUACAGAAGGCUCUUCUUUAGCAGAACAUAGUGACACCUCUGAAGCUGGAGAUGCUCAGAAGCUGAUUGCUAAAAAUUACCAUUGUCCCCUCUGCUCGGAACGCUUUUCCAAAGCUAUGGACCUUCGUGCCCAUACAUGGCAAGCCCACUCCAACAGUACCGAAGACAUACAACAGAGUGACUUGGGCGCUCAAAACACACGAGUGGUCAGAGUCUGUGAAAUAAAGCCUGAAAAUGUUUCCACACAAAUAAGCAAAGUCUAUGCAUCGCCUCUGAAUGUCCCAAAUCAUGACUGUGGAAAUAAGCGUGAAGGUACUGCCACACUUCCUGACCGUAAAUUAUGUUCAGGGUCUAAAGUUAUGGUGCAAUCUCUCGAGACCUUAGCUGAGGUCUCACCUAACUUUAGUUGCCUUCCAGAGCCAAUGGUCAAAUGCCUUUUCAAGUGCGGAAAAUGCGGCAAGGCCUUCCAGACUGAGGGGCAGUUAGAAACACACAAGAGUAAGGCAAAGAGUCGCCCUUUUGGUUGCGCCUUGUGCUGCAAUGGCUUUUUAACAGAGAAUCAACUAAAUCAACACCUAGCGUGGCACGAUCAGAUUCGAUUUCGGCUUCCUAAUGAGGUUCGCUUUCGCCUUAGCGCUGCUUUGAGCGCAAAGUCUGUCAAACCAGCAGGGAAGACUUUUUCUCCUGACGGGCCAAACCAACCUGCUCUGAAGCAAGAGAGCCAGUCAGUCAGUAAAAGCAUGCCUGUUAAAAAACCCUUUCAAACGUCGUCCGUGUUAGAAACCCACAAUUGCUUGCAUUGUAAAAAUGCUGUGUGUGCUUGCACUGACCCUUCUGUUACCACCAACGACUUAACGGCACUUUCUAAACAUGGCCAAGCGUCUGUUGAUGAUAGCAGAUGGCAAACUGAUGGCCCUGCUGCUGUUUUAUCAGGACAUACAGAUGCACUUACUUGUCUUGAAUGUGGAGCUACUUUUAAUCAGGAAACUGAUUUGCACCAGCACUAUACGAAACAUGCGCAAGGCAUGUAUUAAAAUGUUUACAUGUAAAGCUUAAGAGGCCUGCUAUUUGUUUUGUUGAUUGCUUACGUCACUAUAUUGGACUGAUUAUCUGUUGGUUCUCCCUGGCUUUCAUCUACACUGGAUUAGUAUUUUGUAAAUGUUACCAAUACCACCUCGUAUAACCUUUUUAAGACCUUCUACAUACUCAGAACGUUGCGGUCUUUUUUUUUUUUUUUAUACACACUAUACUAAAUUUCAGAGUUGGAGCAAAUAGAUGUAUCUAUAAUUAAUACUUGUGCGCUUUUCUGUUUAAGGUUGGGAAAUAAUGAUUUUCAACCGUAUUUUUCUGCUGUCAUUUACAAUGUUGAAACAUUGUCUCCAAUGCUACAUUGGCAAAGGGACCCCAAUGUUUACACUGUUCAUUCAGAAAAAAACUGACCUAUCGUUUGCAGAUUGUCAGUCAAAUGUACAUUAUGUACAUGUUGUUUUUGCAUGGAUAGACUACAAAGCACCAUCCCUAUUUUUUAUUUCCAUGUUGUGGCAUAGGUAUUUAUUGAUUAGAUGAAAAUGUGCUACUUGUAUUAAUUUGGAGUUGCCCUUAGUUGCUUAUUCGCUUAUUUGGGGGAAAUAUCUGUGGGAUAAAUAUAAAUGAAGCUAUUUUUUUUUCCCCAAAGGGUGACUCACAUGCCGUUGCCUAUGUUUACAUGCUGUUUCUGAAGCUAUAAUAAAGGGAACUGUUGUAGUCUGAUGUAGUGGCUUGUGUAAUGAAUUCACACCACUUCACACUAAAGCUGUGUGUGAUAUGUAAAAGCAUUUGUUUAAUAAUAUCAGUGACAAUUUGUUAAAUAUUUCUAUUAGCUCAGUGACGCUAACCUUCCAGUUGCAUGUCUCUUGCUGAGAUUAUUUUUGUACUGUAAUACAUUUUAUUACGUUUGAGCUGACCUUCCUUCUUGGUUACCUCACAACAACAUAUUUCUGUAUAUUCUUGUUGGGGGCGGAAAUAUUUUGAGGAGGAAAAUAUAUCUGCUUAGGCUGCAUUGCAGUGGCUAGUCUCAUAGCAAGUCGAAGGUCAACAAGACAACAUAGCUAAAUUGAAAGUCAAAUGUCAUUUAGAUUUUUUGUUAGAAAACAAAGAGGUGAAGACCAUGAUAAAAUAACCAUUAAGUCCACAAUUGCUCGAGGGUGAUUUAGCAGAAGUUAAAAAUCUGAUGACUAACACAAAUCUAACAUCUAUGAGCGAAGAGAUAUCAGCUGCAACUAAAUGUGCGUAAUCGCCUCCUUUUCUCACCUUUUAUGAAAACUUUACAAAAUGCUUUUAAAAUGCCUUCUUUAACCGUGAAUUUCC